AUGGAAGACGUAGACGCCCCUGACCCUGAAGCCCCCCAGCCCAUCAACUCCAGCUUCCAGGACGUGCUCCAGCUGUACGACGAGAUGUCCGUUAGCAGCUCGGACAACUUCGUCAUCAUGCUAGUCUACGUGCCCGUCUUCCUCGUCGCCUUCUUCGGCAACCUCGUCGUCUUGCUCGUCAUCCUCACCGACGCGCGCAUGCGCAAGAGCGCGGCCAAUUACUUCCUGGUCAACCUGGCCGUGACGGAUCUGCUGGUGGCCAUUAUUUGUGUCCCGAUGACGUCAAUCAAUUACGUGUACAACGUAUGGAUUCUGGGCACCACCGUCUGCAAACUGACGUCAUACAUGCAAGGAGUGUGCCUAGUAGCCAGCAUAUUGACCAUCGUCCUGAUGAGCCUAGAUCGCUACUUCGCCAUCCGGCACCCGAUGAGGAACCGGCAGAUCUUCACGGUCAGCCGGGUCCGGCGCCUAAUCGUUAUGACGUGGGUGACCGGAGCUGUGGUGGCCAUGCCGGUAGCGCUCGUGAACCAGGUCAUCUCCCACGAACACUUCAACAACAACGUCUACUGCACGGAGAGCUGGCCCAGCCCCGAGCUCCGGCAGGUCUACGACAUCGCCAUCGUCGUCUGCAUCUACCUCGUGCCUGGGGGCGCUCUCGGCGUCCUCUACACCCUCAUAGGGGUCCGCCUCUGGGCCCGCGAUAGCAACCUACAGAGACAGAACUCCAUGAACAACCAAGACGACGUGUUGAUCGCAAGACGGCGGCUGGCGCUGAUGAUGAUCAUCGUGUCGGUGUUGUUCGCCGCCAGCUGGCUGCCCUACCACAUCCUGACCAUCUGCCUGGACUUUGAGGUCACCGGCUCCCUGGACCUCAUCUCCCUGUACCCUGUGGCUCUGCUGCUGGGUCAUUCCAACAGCGCGCAGAAUCCCAUCUUGUACUGUUUUAUGCACAAAGGCUUCAAGACGUUUCUGCUUCGGAUGGUCAAAUGUCAAUGUCCAAAGCUGAGGUCAAGGAAACAGAGAAAUGUAAAUCUUUCCAUCAGCAGAAGUGAGAACAGCUCCACCAAGUCCCCGUGCUACAAGAUGAUUGGUCGAAAGGUGACGGAAGUAGAGGGCAACAAAGUCUCUGACGUCAUCACGUGUAAAGGCGAAUCGCGGGCGAUGCUGGGGGCGGAUGUGUGA